GCAGUUUUUUCACCUCCUGCCAGACACAAGCCUUAUGUCGUUGGAUUUGAUGGGAGUUGUAGUUCUCUUGCUAGCAGCUCAUACUUGCUGUCUAGAUGAACCUUCCCCCUCGUGGACUACAAUUCCCGUCAGACAUUGUGUCUGGCUCCAGUUUUGAUAAACAAGGCGCUUCUUUUCGCUCUUUGAUUAGUCGCCUUUGUCCACGCCUACUGUCUGCUGUCAUUGGCUACUGUAACCGUCUGUUGUCAGCUUUUGUUUCAACUCCACCUCUUUCUCCACAUUUACCGUCUCUAAUUGGCUACUGUAAGUGUUGCUCAAAUGUCUAUAUUACUGUCAAUUCGCACCGCCCAGGGGGUGUAUCAAAUCUUCCUAUUGGUUACAGUGUCUGUCACUGGGCUAGUUGUGGGCUACGAUUGGCUGUCAUCACCAGCUGUUCCUGCUUCAUUCACCAUUUUGUCUCCUGGAGUAAGAGGCUAGGCAGCAGUGUGUGGAUGUCCGAGGUUGAGGGCCAGUUGAAACCUUUGUAAGAGAGAAGCGUGAAGAUGAAAUCAGUGAAGAAAUCUACAGGUACCACACAUAGCAAGGCCUCAAAUUCCACACGCAGCAAGAAACUAAAAAGAAAGGUGGAGGAAGGGAGACAGGAGGAGGAAGAAGAUGAACAAGAGGAGGAGGAGGCUGCUGCAGAGGAAGUUAGAGUUGAAACUGAUGAAGGCUCAAGACAGCAAAUGGCAUUUGUUGGUGCUAGGAGGAUGGAGGUAAAAGUGGAGCCUGCUGGUAGAGAUCUGACUGAGACACGAGCACGAGAGCAAGAGCCAGAAACUCAGGUUAUAGAACAGACUAUACUACCACAAGUAGAGGAGAAGGGUGAGAAACCCCAACUUUGCACGGAGGUCUCUAGUGAUGACCAAACAAAUAAAGCACUUUAUGACUCACCUCGGUGGGGGGUACCACUGAGUAGGAAGACGGCCACCUUUAAGUCCAGAGCUCCAAAAAAGAAAUAUGUAGAGGACCAUGAGUCUCAGGAGGGACCAGAUGAUUCAUCCAGUAGCAGUGAGGGCCCUGCAGCUGUUCAGGAAAGCAGUACAGAGCAGAGAAUACCUCCUGUCAGUGUGUCAGAAGACAUGUGCCAUUCUGUCCCAUCUUCUUCUACAGAUACAGCCAGUGAACACUCAGCAGACUUGGAAGAAGAGUCUGAGAAAGUUAACGCAGAGCUGGACCCCUCCACUGGCUCUUGGACAGAGGUUGACCUACAUCAUCAGCAACUCCAAAGGGUAUUGGCAAUGCGGGGAGAAGCUUUCCACAUCUGUCUUGUAAAGCAUAUUCGUCGAAAUCAAGAGUUUGGACUUCAGUUCCCUGGAGAGCAGACAAUUACAUUCCUGGAUAUCACACAAAAUAUGGUUCUUCUUGAUCAGAUCCCUGAGCCAGGGGGUGUUGAAGUAGGAUCUGCUGUUUGUGCCUGUGUGCACUCUGGUGAUACAACGUUCCGACAGGGAACAGUGGUGGAGAUAAUCCAGAAACCACUUUCCUAUAAGGUCUGUUUCAAGCAGAGCCCUGGAAGGAGGGACCAUGACUAUGGCUGGGUUCCCCAUAGUUGUGUUCGUCUCCUGCGCUCUCCCUGGUGUAAAGAACCAGCUCUCAGUGUUACACAUACUUCAGAGGAGAAACAGCCACAAGCAGCUGGUAGACUUGUAGCACCUCUGCCUUUGGACCAGGCUUCAAGUGGCCACCUUGAGAUUCAUGGAUCUCCCCGUGGCUCAGAGCACAAGCACCUGGAGGAUGCAGAGGUGUCAAAGAUCAGCUUUAGCAUGCCCAUAAGUGAGGAAAAGCUUACUGCUGUUCAGCAUUGCAUUCUUUCUCCACCGAAGUCUCCUGCUUUUGGUAUGAUAGUGAAUCGCCUGCCUGAGCAACCUUCUCCCCUACUUAGCCCAGAUGCAGGAAGCCGGAGUAGCUGCAGUAGUGUAUCCCUAGACAAGUGCAGUACUCCAGGGUCCCGUUCUCGAACUCCACUGACGGCUGCACAACAAAAGUACAAGAAAGGAGAUGUGGUGUGUACCCCUAAUGGGAUUCGUAAGAAAUUUAAUGGAAAACAGUGGAGACGUCUGUGUUCCCGAGAUGGGUGCAUGAAGGAGUCGCAGAGACGUGGUUACUGCUCUCGGCACCUGUCCAUGCGCACUAAGGAAAUGGAGAGCAUGUCAGAAGGCCGUGGGGGCAGGGAAGGAAGUGCAGAGUUUGAAUGGGAUGAUACGUCCAGAGACAGUGAAGUCAGCAGUAUUAGAACAGAUUCGCGACCUCGCCUUGUGGCACCAACUGAUCUCUCACGAUUUGACUUUGAUGAGUGUGAAGCCGCUAAUAUGUUAGUUUCUCUUGGCAGUUCUCGCUCUGGCACACCUUCCUUCUCCCCUGUUUCAAAUCAGUCUCCCUUUUCCCCCACUCCCUCCCCUUCACCAUCCCCACUUUUUGGCUUUCGACCAGCCAAUUUUAGCCCUAUCAAUGCUUCACCUGUUAUUCAGCGAGCAGCACGUAGCCGACAUGUGAGUGCAAGUACUCCUAAGGGUGGAUCAGUACUGACCCCAGAAAUGUUGCACCAUUCCCACCAUAGGGAGAGACAGCCAUCAGGCAUUUUGCCAUCAUUUCAGACAAAUCUUACAUUCACUGUACCCAUGAGUCCAAGCAAGAGAAAGCCAGAUUCUCAUCAUGGCAGUGCUAGUUCUGCUGCUGAUUUUCAGAAGAGCGACAGCUUGGAUUCAGGCGUUGAUUCUGUAUCUCACACCCCAACCCCUUCAACUCCAGCUGGAUUCCGCUCCGUGUCCCCUGCUACACUGUUCUCUCGGUCUCAACAGGCGUCCCCAUCCCUUCUUUUGUCUCCUCCAGCUGGCUUAACUUCUGAUCCGAGCCCGUCUGUACGAAGGGUGCCUGCAGUGCAGAGAGACUCCCCAGUUAUUGUGCGCAAUCCUGACGUUCCCCUUCCAUCCAAAUUUGUGGAGAAGCCACAAGAAGGGGGGUCCCGUAGUAUUGUCAGUGGAGCAGCAGAAGGUGUUAGUCCAAGACGCCUGAUUAAAGUCUGUUCCAAGGAACACCCUUCGAAAACCCAACUUCAGAUUCCAGUACCUAUUAAUGCCACUCAGAUACAAAACGCAGCAAGGACAUUGCCUUCUGGACAACCAAGUACAGGAGAGCCAACCACAUGCUCCUCCUCUGGAGCCAAUGAUCAUACUCCUCCUGUUUUCAGUGUUUCCUCACCAUUCCAACCUGUGGCUUUUCACCCAUCCCCUGCUGCUCUCCUGCCAGUUAUUGUGCCCAGUGACUAUGCCAGCCAUCCAGUACCCAAGAAGGAGAUCAUCAUGGGGCGGCCAGGCACAGUUUGGACGAACGUGGAGCCGCGCUCUGUAGCAGUGUUUCCUUGGCACUCUCUAGUCCCUUUUUUGGCUCCAAGCCAACCAGACUCAUCCGUCCAACCCAGUGAGGGCCAGCAGCCUGUCAAUCAUCCAGGAAUAUCUAACCAGAGCAGAGAGCCCCCCGAGACUGCAUCUGUGGCGCAUGAGUCCAUGCCAUUGCCAAAUAUAGAGGAGGAUAGACAUGGAGCCCCACACAAUGACACAGUACCUCCUCUAACUGGUGAGGAACCUUUAAAGCAGACUCAGCAAGAAAUUGUGACGCAGGGAUCGGUGUCAGAUCAAAGAGUGGACAGCGAGACAGAGAGUGACCAUGAUGAUGCGUUCUUAUCUAUAGGGCCUGCAGAUUUGCAACUUCCAUUGCAUGCUGGGAAACGUCGGACACAGUCAUUGAGUGCACUUCCCAAGGAACGUGACUCGUCAUCUGAAAAGGAUGGACGUAGCCCCAACAAGCGAGAAAAAGAUCACAUUCGCCGUCCCAUGAAUGCAUUCAUGAUCUUCAGUAAACGUCACCGGGCCUUGGUACACCAACGCCAUCCAAACCAGGACAAUCGCACUGUCAGUAAAAUCUUGGGAGAAUGGUGGUAUGCUCUGGGAACAAGGGAGAAGCAAAAGUAUCAUGACUUAGCCUUCCAGGUAAAAGAGGCACACUUUAAAGCGCAUCCUGAUUGGAAGUGGUGCAAUAAGGAUCGUAAGAAAUCAAGCUCUGAUGUGAAACAGGUGAUACCUGGUCCUUGGGGUGUUCAUAAAGAAAUGAGAGAGAGGAGCAUGUCUGAGACUGGGACUGCGGCAGCCACAGGGGGUUCCUCAGACAUUCCGCCUCCUGGACUACUCUUGGGUUCUGACUCUAAGUUAGGAGCUCCAACAUCUAGUUUAGCUUCUAUGGAACGUCUGCCUCCUUCCUCCACCUCGGGUGUUCAGCUUACCAGACCACGCGCCUUCUCCCACAGCACAGUGCAGAGCAUGGAGCGAAGGGAAGAGAGUCAAGCUCUGCAGGAACUCUCACAGAUGUGUUCUACACGUUCUCCAUACCCUAGUCAGAAGGGAGGUUUUGGAGGAGGAGACUCUUCUGUAUUCCCAGCCCCACCUCACAGUGAGGCUCCCACAUGUCCUUCUUCUCGAGCCUGUCCGCCUCUUCCUGGCUCCUAUCGUCCACAGCGUACUGCUAGCGAGGACAUGACAAGUGAUGAGGAGAGAAUGGUCAUCUGUGAGGAUGAAGGAGAUGAUGAUGUUAUUGCUGAUGAUGGAUUUACUGACAUUGACCUUAAGUGUAAAGAGCGUGUGACUGACAGUGACAGCGAGGGUGCAUCAGGAGAUGAGGCUGAGAACAAGGUGCCUCCACAACGUGUCUUCUCCCCGGUGAUAAGAUCCUCAUCCCAGUCUGGGACAUAUACCGUUUCUGCAGAAGAUAUGAAAUCGGACAGAUCCCCAAACACUGCUCAGUCACCAAAACCAAGAGAACAUCUACAGGCCACCUACCCUCAUGGAUAUCCCCCAUUACCCCCUGCAAAACCGCCUCCUCGGUCUCCUAUACAGCAUUCUGUCAAGCGGCCCACAGAAGUGCGCUUUACCAUGGUGGACCCCAGUGCUGGCUACAAGAGGAAGCGCAGCAUAGACAGCAGUGGGCAGAAAGGCCCAAUAGAGGGUGGAUCUACUGGCUUUCAGUAUACAGCUCAGUCUGUUAUCUCCUCAGGUUCUCCUCAAGCACUAGUCCUCCCAAGCCUACAGAGCACUUACCCCUCUAGCACUUUUUACUCCCCCAGGCCGUUUGAAGGACACAGAGGGACCCCUGAUAGUCGCUCCCAAGCUCCAACAGUAGGAACUGUACUGGUGUCUGGGCCUCAGGGUUUUGGAGUCCUGUCUCCUGGACUAAAACCUGCUGUCACUGCAGUCACUAAUGUGGUCAGACCAGUCAGUAGUACACCUGUGCCCAUUGCUAGUAAGCCACUGCCUGUCAGCAGAAGCAGCAGCAUCAGUGAAUUGUGUGAGAGUCGAAUCCCUGGCUCUCCUGUAGGCUUCGGGGUGGUAUAUACUCAUGACAGAAAGCCAAUCCAGCAGCUGGCAUCUCCUGUCUCUUCUCCACACCAACAUGGCAAGUCAGCUGGGGGAUUAGUAACCAACCUGCUUGUAGGGACACCAAAUUAUGGACAGCCUGCACCUAGCACUGGAAGUGGAACUGCUCCUGUCACUGCUCUUCAGUUCAUUACUCAGAAUCCUGCAGGAAGUCCAAAUGGUGCAGUACCUUUGGGAAUUAUACAGCAACCACAGCUGCUCCCUGCGACAGCAGGCAAAAGGGGAAAUAUUACCCAGGUGCAAUAUAUCCUUCCUACAAUCCCUCAGCAGCUCUCAGGAGGCACAGCUGCGAGCAUCCACUUCACGCUCCCGCCUGCAAGUGCCAAAGUCAUUGCCACCCCUCAGGCUCUUCCAAUUGUUCAACCUGGCCCUGCUGCUAGCCCCUCUUUGGGUAUUGUGUCAGCUACCGGCAAAGCUCAGUCUGUCUCUCCUGCUCCUUCUCCAGGGAGCACUACACAGUUCCUUUCCAGUCAGGGGCUUCUCUCUCCCAGUACUCAGGUCCAGGGAAAGAUGCUUGUUCCCAUGACUACACCACACGUUACAGUGAGGACUGGCCCCACGCAACUACCACUAGUUACCCCUUCUUUUCCUGUGCAGAAUGGGGCCCAGCCCACCAACAAGAUAAUACAGAUCACUCCAAUGCCCGUAGUGCAGCCACAGGGUGCUACCCAGAGUGCCUUAGUUUCCCCUGGCAAUUCCACACUCCAAAGCGCCAUCCCUGUUACCAUGGCUACAGCAACAGUCAUGACGGCUACUACACAGCCGCAGAAAGUUUUAUUGCCACCAUCUACCAGGAUCACCUAUGUGCCAUCAGCAGGAGGUCCUGCCCUUCCUUUGGUGACCUGCAGCUCACACUCCCAGACAACUCCUGCAGGCCCCGCAACAUGUGUGCAGCCUUCUUUAGGUGCUGGUUCCAUGGCUCUUGGUUUUACCACCAUCGGCCCCACUGGUCAGGCAAUUGUGCAACCGCUGUUGGCAGGUCAGAGUCAGUUGCUUGCUCCAGGCCAAGUUGGAGUUUCAUCUGUCACCACUCCCACAGUGCCCCUGACUUGCAGCAGCCAGGUCCUGACUGCAAUAUAUCCAACAGUCGGUGGAUCCAGCACGCUGACUGUACCAGCUCCACCUGCUGCCCAAAGCCUGGUAUACACUGUUGCAAGCACAGGCACUUCAUCUGCUGCACCUACAACUAUUCUUCCCAAAGCCAUCAACUCCCCCCAGACAAUCAGUACCCCAUGUACAGGAGGAAGUACCUCUCAAGUGACCACUGUUACAGCUGCUUCUGUUACCUUCAGCCUGGUGACCCCAAAGUCUCAGCGAAAUCUCCCAAAGCCACCCCAAAAAGUGAAAGCUGCCAUCGCCAGCAUUCCAGUAGGGUCAUACGAAGUGUCCUCCCCAUCACCUUGUGUGCGCAGCAACCCCAGACCUUCUCCAUUGCCCCUUCGUGAGAACACCCCUGAACCAAGAUAUACAGGUGAGUCUCGCAACGUGCCCAUCAGCAGGGAAACUCCUUCAGAAUCCUCAACCCAAACAGUCAGCCCCUUCCCAAUAGCACUUUCUCGUGAGUCUACACAGGGGAAACAAAGGUUGCCAAUGGCAGAGGAUCGUACCUCCAGGGAAGUGUGGUCAAAGACUGUGAGUGAAGAAAGACCAGUGCUAUCCCCUGUACAGAGUGUCGCUACCCCCAUAACGGAUGAUAAAAUGGAGCACCCACAGUCUCCCAAUAAUAAGAAAGAGUACUCUUCAGAAUGGAAAGUCACUACUACUGACAGCCGCUCAGACUUGGCAAAUGCACCACAGGUUCCUCCUCCUCCCUCUUCCCCAGCAUCCCUGCCUGCCACUCCAAGUGUAAGUGGGACCACUGAGGCGUCCAGAGCCACAGGACCACCCUUGGAAGUUACAGACAGGAAGGACAGCAUGGUCAAGAAAGUGAAAGUGCGUCCCCCACCUCUAAAGAAGACCUUUGACUCUGUAGACAACAGGGUCCUGUCAGAAGUGGAUUUUGAGGAACGCUUUGCAGAGCUACCAGAAUUCAAGCCUGAGGAAGUGCUGCCCUCACCCACACUUCAGUCUCUUGCUACCUCUCCCCGUGCCAUCCUGGGAAGCUACCGUAAGAAGCGCAAGAAUUCCACUGACUUAGAUUCUUCUACAGAAGAUCCAAUAUCUCCUAAGAGGAAGAUGCGCAGGCGUUCAAGCUGCAGUUCUGAGCCCAACACACCUAAAAGCGCAAAGUGUGAAGGAGACAUAUUCACGUUUGAUAGGCCAGGUAGUGAAGCAGAAGAUAUGCUAGCUGAGUUGGAAUAUGAUAAGGUCCCAUACUCUUCCUUGCGCCGCACUCUAGAUCAGCGACGAGCUCUGGUCAUGCAGCUGUUUCAGGAACAUGGCUUCUUUCCGUCCUCUCAAGCCACUGCUGCCUUUCAGUCUCGAUUCUCAGAAAUAUUUCCUACCAAGGUGUGCUUGCAGUUAAAGAUCCGUGAGGUGCGACAGAAGAUAAUGCAAGCAGCCACGCCAACAGAGCACUCUACGUAUCCUGAGCAACCUUCACCAAGCACCUCUGAAGCUGGACCCUCUGAUAUGCAGCCUCCCCAAGAACCUGCGCUGCGACCCAGUGAACACUCUGACUCUUCCUGGGAGAGUGGUCAGGAACCUCCCAAUACUUCAGGAAGCAGCUGAAUUGAUUAGGGAAAAGGGCCUAACAUUUAUAGCUAUCCACUUAAAUUGGAGACUGCAGGGGCAUCCUUCCUUAAACCAUGUUCCUCCCUGAGGAGUGGCAGGCAGGUUGCAUUUUACCCUUCCCACGCACAUCAAAUGUUGCCCCACAUGCACAGACAAUCCAUCCAAUCAGGGCAAGCAUAGUGUUUGGUUUUUUUUAAGGGUAGUGUAUACCUCCCACUGGCAGUGCCAGCCUAAGGGGGUUGCACUCUCCUAAAGGCAGAAAAAGCUUAAAAAGUGGUCUGAUCCACAUCCAAUGUCUGCGAUAUAUAUCCUUCAACAGACAUUGAGGCACAGACAAUAGGGGGAAAAUAUGUUGAUGCAUAAAAUGAGGUCAUAGAUUGUACUUCUUGGCAUCAUGCAUUGUUGGAUGCUAGCGUAAGAUUAGAGGACUGAUCAGAGAGCAGAGUUAACAAUUCAGUGAAUUUAAGUCACAGUUCUGUUGAUGUGUGAGGGGAGCAUGCUUUCUGAGACACUACAGAGACAGUCCAUCUGAGGCAGAGAAUUUUAGCAAGCAAACUGUUACCUGGGACAAAGUAGAUUGCACUGGGAUAGUUUAGAUCAGGAAGUUUGAAUUUUAACAACGUCAUAUGCAGUCUGCGCUGGACUACCAGAAGGUCAUAGUAGGACGUGACAAAAUGAGGACUGUAUUGGAGCAGUAGGCUAUGCUGUAAACAAGGCGAGUGGCUGCUUGUGGUAAUAGGAAGCCACCUGUUUACUGCAUUUUAUAGGUGUGGAUACAAGUGCCGUAAAGGGGAAGGGAGGGGCUUUUUAGCAGUAAAACAUAUUUUCUUAUGACACUUUAGUUCGAUAAGAAGCAGCUGCACUGCAGAGAGCUAUAUAAAUAUAUAUAAAUAAAUAUAUAUACAGACAUUUUUAUGCAAGACGUGCAAUGUUUAAAUUCAGUCUGAUUAAAUAAUCAGGAAGUAUGUAUUAAUUAUACAACACAUUAAUCCAUCGCACAUAUAUACAUAUAUAUAUAUAUAUAUAUACACACUGUGUGUAUGACAUUAAUAUGCACGUGUGUGAAUAUAUCUAUGUAUAAAAGGGUGACAAACUAGGUUGUAUCUGCUUCUUUCCAUUUAGGGACAGUGCAAAACACAGAUGCUGAUGGGUUCAGUAUAUUACGGUGUGCUCCCUCCAUCAAUGCUGGCAAAUGCAUACAUUUUAUGGCAUAUAUUUUUGGCUAGAACUUUUAAUUUUGCUAUCACAACCUAGUUGUGAGAUAUCUAUAUACAGAGAUGCUUCUUGCUAUAUUGAGAAAAGGCGAUCUCAUACAGACAUAACCCUGCUAUGUUCAGUGGCUUCUGUAUACAAAGGAACACCUGGCUGUACCCAUAGUAGGUAGAAGAGUCAGGCUUCCAUAAAGAAAGCAUGUGCUGCCCUUCUAAAGAGGCAAUAGGUGAUACUGUCAGUAUAAAGAAAUAUACUUAGUGCUGUACGCAGGAUAGCCUGACAAUAUACACACUGUGUGUGGUGGCUCUCUCUUAGUCCCACAGCCUGUCACUAGUUGCAGUUGUAGGGGAGCACAGACAUGAAACCUCCCUUUUCUUGUGGGAUAUAUUUUGCAUCAUGGAGGGAUGUCUCCUAAUCAGAUGACUUAAUUUUUAACUGUACCUGUGUAACUGACCAGUCUGUCCCUCCAUAUAUGCUGCAUUAUAAAAUGCUGUUGUAAAGAUGAACUUUUCUGAGAUGCAGCUCAGAGACCCUUGACAGAUCUGACAAAUUGGUGUGAAGUAGAAAUGCCUUUAUACUGUAAAACUAGAUCACUUCAGUCCUGGCGCACACACACCGAAAGGUGGAGGCGGGUCUGCAGGAUUUCAAAUGAACGAGCUGGAGAAGCCAGCAAUUCCAAAAGAAGCUGCAAUACAUAGGGGUUGAUUACAAUAGGGAGUGUGUAGUGAUCCUAUUAACUGAUAUAGCAGUAUGAUUGUUUAAAAAGGUUCUUAACUGCUUUGUAAUCUCACAAUGCUCACCCACAUAUAUUUUAACCCUACAUGUGCUGGAAUACUUGAACAGUGAACGAAAAGCAACAUCCCUCAGCACCCUUCAUUUUCCUCCACACCAUGAGGUCAGAACAUGUUUUCAUCUUGCGCUUAAAUUUGGUUUUGUUCCAAGAGCAAGGACUGAUUCUUAAGAGACUGAACAGACAUGUUGAUCAUGUGCAAUAUUUCUUACUGUAAUUAAAUAAAAAGAUGGAACGUUG